AUGCUGCUGACUACUCCCCCCUUCAACUCUCUCUUUUCCCACUUAUUCUCCUUUGCCUUUCACCAUCUGGGCCAGAAAUUGAUCCAGUUAAUUCUAGAUCCUUCAAGAAUGCUAUUUCCUUUACAUGGGCUGUGGGAUUUUUACAUGGAAAUGAAGGAGAGGCAACGUUGGAGAGCUGAAGAGGAUGCUUUAUUACGUUCUUAUGUCAAACAAUAUGGUCCUAGGGAAUGGAAUCUUGUGUCUCAGCGCAUGAACACCCCUCUCAACAGAGAUGCAAAGUCAUGCUUAGAAAGGUGGAAAAACUAUCUCAAGCCUGGCAUCAAGAAAGGGUCUCUUACAGAAGAGGAGCAGCGCCUCGUAAUCUGGCUUCAAGCAAAAUACGGUAACAAAUGGAAGAAAAUUGCAGCAGAAGUUCCAGGUAGAACUGCCAAGAGGUUAGGCAAGUGGUGGGAAGUGUUCAAAGAGAAGCAACAAAGAGAGAAGAAGGAGAUCAAUAGAAUCCCUGACCCGAUUAACAGCAAGUACGAACACAUACUUGAGAGUUUUGCAGAAAAACUGGUAAAGGAACAACAUCCUUCACCAUCAUUUGUAAUGGCUGCUUCUGAUGGAGCAUUUCUGCGUCCUGACACACCAACACCUGCAUCAGCCUUGCUUCCUUCUUGGCUUUCCAAUUCUAGUAGUGCUGCUGCUGCUGGUGGCCCAAGUUCCCUUUCUGUGACACUAAGUCUUUCUUCCUCAACAGCGUGGUUGCAACAUGAUAGAGUACCAGACAAUGCUCCUUUAGUUUUGGGGAACAUACCAGCUUUUAGUGAAAAUAUGUUGAUAUCUCAGAUGGUGGAGCACUGCGAAGAGUUGGAAGAGGGGCAUCGUGCUUUGUCUGCACACAAGAAGGAGGCAGCUUGGAGGUUAAGUCGGGUGGAGUUGCAGUUGGAGUCAGAAAAGGUGAGCCGAAAAAGGGAGAAGACAGAAGAGUUUGAAGCAAAGAUUAAGGCUCUUCAGGAAGAGGAGAGAGCUGCUUUGGGCAGAAUUGAAGCAGAAUACAGAGAAGAGUUAGCCGCAUUGAGGAGAGAUGCUGAAAACAAGGAGCUAAAGUUGGCAGAACAAUGGGCUGCAAAGCAUUUGCAGCUAACUAGGUUGCUAGAGCAGAUACGGUGUAGAGCAGGGCUCCCUGAGCCAAAUGCAAGAUGA